AUGAAUACUAGCCAUAUUAACCAAACUCUUCCACCUCCGCUACCAACUUUCCCUGGUGUUCGAUUAGACCCACGUGCAAUCGAUAUUUCAGCAACGGUCUUAAUUAGCCUUAGUAUCUUUACUAACGGCAUAGCCAUCUUAGUUAUCGCCAUGAAUCGUAAAAUAUGGAACAUUACCCAUGGCAUUUUAGCUAGUAUGUUUACCGCUAGUUUACUUUAUGAAACCCUUUACGCUCUACCAUUUAAUCACUUCUUAAGCGAAUUAGCCUUUUCAGCGCCUUUAUUCUGCUCAUUAAUACGUGGCAUUGGUCUAACUCUAAUGUUUAUUACAACUCUUCAUCACUGCCUUAUUUGCCUUAAUCGCUAUUUAAAUUUAGCCUAUCCAUUUACUUAUCGUCAACGAGCAUCUUAUCGCUAUGCUUUACCAGCAAUUAUCAUGGUUUGGAUUAUUGGCAUUAUCACUGGUUCGAUUCCUUAUUACUCAUUUCGUAUACCUGUACCUACAAAUCGAUGCAUUGUAUCCAUCGAUAACGAAGCCGAGCGAAUCUAUGUUAAUACAGCUACAAGUAUACUAUAUUUUUUACCCUUGGUAAUUAUGAUUAUAUCUUAUGGCCAUCUAUUUUACGUCAUUAACAACAAGCCAAAAGUUCUUUCCCUAAUGCGAUCCAAUAAAGUAUCACAAAGUUUUUUGGAAGUCAAUAAAAAAUUAAUUCAACAAACAUUCGGAAUUUUAGGAGUUUACAUAAUCUUAUGGAUGCCUUAUCAGACUGUUUUUUUAUUGCUUAGCAAUUACAAUGUUAGUUUUCCGCUCUAUAACGCUUUCCGUAUGUUACGAUUGUUCGCCUUGUUUUACUUGGUUAUUAAUCCAUUACUCUUUAUCUAUCAUAUAAGCACAUUAAGAAAGGAAACGAUGAGAACAUUUACCAAGAGAAUUCCUAGUAAACGAACUAAUAGUCAUAAUAGAGUGCUGACAACAGAAUUCAUACCUACCAUAACUUAUGAAUCCAAUGUUUGA